AUGUGUAGAGAUAAGGUUUUUGAAGAGAGCAAAGAAACACUUCAAGUUAUCCCCUUUUUUGUACCAAUUAUCAAAGGGACAUUCCCAACGAAAAAGGAUGAAGAAGGAGCAAUUUUGUUGAACAUUGACCCUACCAUUUUCAAUGUCGUACUAAAGGCUACAAAAAGAUUAUCAUCACUUUUAAGAUGUCUACCCAAGGACCGUAGUAUUAGGGAGGUCUUUAACAUGAUGGACUAUCUAUUGUUAAAACUAGAUAUUGAUGAUUGGCCACUAGAGACGAUAAACGGAAAGCUAAAGGACAACCAAGACUAUGUUGAAAAGAUAGCCCGACAUUGCUUUACAACUGUAAAAGGAAAUGCACCUGGUGCCAUGGAUGCAGCAACUGUUUUGUAUCUCAAGUUGGAGACUGGCGCAAUUGAUUGGAACAAUUUCAAAACCAAAUCUGUGGCCUACAAUCUUUUAUUGUAUGUUUUGUCACACCCCAAGGCCUUUGGACCAAGAAUCCGUGAACAUACCUGGAUAAGCAUUCAAAAGAACCUGUGGUCAAAGAUCUCUGUGAAACAACAAGCAGCUCUAUCAAAAUGGAAACCAAGAAAUGAUCGACCAGAUGAAGACAGUGAUUAUUCAAAAGAAUCCGACUCUGAUGAAUACUAUGGAUCUGAUGAUUUCGAUGAUUGUUAUUAUUCGGAUUAA